UGCGCUUUGUGGCGCUGCCGGAAGCGGGUGCGGGCCGAGUGCAGCGAGCGGCGCUCCCGGUCCCGUGUGGCCGCGGCCCCGUGGCGCCGGCGGCCUGAGGGAGCGGCGCGUCCCGACAUGUCUGCCGGGCUCUCGGCACAGGUGUUGUUUGGAUUGUAGCAUAGAGGCACUAUGUACUCAGAGUGGAGAUCCUUGCAUCUUGUCAUUCAGAAUGAUCAGGGGAAUACCAGUGUACUUCACAGCUAUCCUGAGAGUGUGGGGAGAGAAGUGGCAAAUGCAGUGGUGCGACCUCUUGGACAAGCUUUAAUUACAUCAUCUGUUGGAAGUGAGAGUUUACUAAAAACAGACAAAGAAGUAAAAUGGACCAUGGAGGUGGUUUGUUAUGGACUGACCCUCCCUUUGGACGGCGAUACUGUGAAAUACUGUGUGGAUGUGUAUACAGAUUGGAUUAUGGCUCUUGUGUUACCUAAGGACUCUAUUCCUUUACCUGUUAUUAAGGAACCAAACCUUUAUGUUCAAAGCAUUCUCAAACAUCUCCAAAACCUCUUUGUACCAAGGCCAGACCCGGGAUCCAGUCAGAUCAGACUGUGCUUGCAGGUUUUGAAAGCUGUCCAGAAGUUGGCACAUGAGUCAACAAUUAUGGCAAGAGAAACCUGGGAGGUUUUGUUAUUAUUUCUUCUUCAGAUCAAUGACACUCUUCUAGCAGCUCCAACUGUGCAAGGUGGCAUUGCUGAGAAUCUGGCUGAGAAAUUAAUUGGUGUGCUGUUUGAGGUGUGGUUACUGGCUUGUACCCGGUGCUUUCCAACUCCUCCCUACUGGAAAACUGCCAAAGAGAUGGUGGCCAACUGGCGACAUCAUCCUGCAGUCGUUGAGCAGUGGAGCAAGGUCAUUUGUGCCCUUACUUCCAGGUUGCUGCGUUUUACAUAUGGACCUUCCUUUCCUCCAUUCAAAAUUCCUGAUGAAGAUGCUGGUCUGAUUCCUCUUGAAAUGGAUAAUGAGUGUGUUGCACAAACAUGGUUUCGCUUUUUACAUAUGCUGAGUAAUCCUGUGGAUUUGAGUAACCCAGCCAUUAUUAGCUCUACCCCCAAAUUUCAGGAGCAGUUUCUGAAUGUGAGUGGGAUGACUCAAGAGCUGAAUCAGUACCCCUGCCUUAAACAUCUGCCUCAAAUAUUCUUUCGUGCCAUGCGUGGAAUCAGCUGUUUAGUGGAUGCAUUUCUAGGCAUUUCCCGACCCCGCUCAGACAGCGCUCCGCCCACGCCCGUCAACAGGCUGAGCAUGCCCCAGAGCACUGCCACCAACACCACCCCGCCCCACAACCGGCGCCACCGGGCAGUGACUGUCAACAAGGUCACCAUGAAAACCAGCACUGGAACUACUGCACAUCCUUCAAAAGUGCAGCACCAGCCCUCCUCCACUUCUCCACUCUCUAGCCCAAACCAGACAAGCUCUGAGCCUCGGCCACUUCCAGCUCCUCGCAGGCCAAAGGUUAACAGCAUCUUGAACCUCUUUGGAUCAUGGUUAUUUGAUGCAGCAUUUGUUCACUGUAAACUUCAUAAUGGAAUAAACAGAGACAGCAGUAUGACUGCUCUAGCGACGCAGGCGAGCGUGGAGUUCCGGCGGAAAGGAUCCCAAAUGUCCACGGACACUAUGGCUUCCAACCCCAUCUUUGAUGCCACUGAAUUCCCAGACAACUAUGAAGCAGGAAGGGCAGAGGCAUGCGGGACACUGUGUAGGAUAUUUUGUAGCAAGAAGACUGGGGAGGAAAUAUUACCAGCUUACUUAUCUCGAUUUUACAUGCUUUUAAUUCAGGGUUUGCAGAUAGCAGAUUUCGUUUGCCACCCGGUUCUUGCCAGUGUUAUUCUAAACUCCCCUCCUCUGUUCUGCUGUGACCUGAAAGGCAUUGAUGUUGUGGUUCCCUACUUCAUUUCAGCUCUGGAAACUAUUUUACCUGACAGAGAACUCUCAAAGUUUAAAGUCUAUGUAAACCCCACAGAGCUAAGAAGAGCUUCCAUUAACAUCUUGCUAUCUCUGUUGCCUCUCCCUCAUCACUUUGGAACAAUAAAGUCUGAGGUUGUCCUGGAAGGGAAGUUCAGCAAUGAUGACAGCUCAGCAUAUGAUAAGCCAGUAACAUUCCUGUCCUUGAAGCUGAGGCUUGUGAAUAUUCUUAUAGGAGCUUUGCAAACAGAAACUGAUCCCAACAACACUCAAAUGAUACUAGGUGCAAUGUUAAAUAUUGUUCAGGAUUCAGCACUGCUAGAAGCCAUUGGCUGUCAGAUGGAAACUAAUGGAGGUGAGAACAACCUCUUCAAAAGCCACAGUCGCACCAACAGCAGCAUUAGCACUGCAAGUGGUGGCAGCACAGAGCCCACAACACCUGACAGUGAGCGGCCAGCACAGGCCCUCCUGAGGGACUAUGCUCUUCAUACAGAUACAGCUGCUGGAUUGCUGAUCCGCAGCAUUCACCUGGUAACCCAAAGGCUCAACUCCCAGUGGAGGCAGGACAUGAGUAUCUCUCUGGCUGCCCUGGAGCUCCUCUCUGGACUGGCAAAGGUGAGGGCGGCGGUGGACCCCGCGGAGCGCCGGCGCGCCAUCAGCUCGGUGUGCAGCUACAUCGUGUUCCAGUGCAGCCGCCCCGCCCCGCUGCACUCCCGCGACCUGCACUCCAUGAUCGUGGCCGCCUUCCAGUGCCUCUGCGUGUGGCUCACCGAGCACCCCGACCUGCUGGACGAGAAGGAUUGUUUAAAAGAGGUGCUGGAGAUUGUGGAGCUGGGCAUUUCAGGGAGUAAAUCCAAAAACAGUGAACAGGAGGUGAAGUACAAAGGAGAUAAGGAGCCAAACCCUGCAUCGAUGCGAGUGAAGGAUGCUGCUGAAGCUACUCUAACAUGCAUUAUGCAGGUACUUGGAGCAUUUCCCUCUCCCAGUGGUCCUGCUUCUCCUUGCAGCCUGGUGAAUGAGACCACGCUAAUUAAAUACUCGCGGCUCCCCACGGUGAACAAGCACAGCUUCCGCUACUUUGUGCUGGACAACAGCGUCAUCCUGGCCAUGCUGGAGCAGCCUCUAGGCAACGAGGAGAAUGACUCUUUCCCCUCUGUCACGAUUUUGAUCCGUGGGACAUCUGGAAGAUUUGCCUGGGCCCAGCAACUCUGUCUUUUACCAAGAGGAGCUAAAGCAAAUCAAAAGACAUUUGUACCAGAACCUCGACCAGCUCCUAAAAAUGAUGUUGGCUUGAAACACAGUGUGAAGCACCGUCCUUUUCCUGAAGAAGUGGACAAGAUUCCAUUUGUGAAAGCUGACUUGAGCAUUCCUGAUUUACAUGAAAUCGUGAAUCAGGAACUGGAGGAGCGCCAUGAGAAGCUGAGGAAUGGCAUGGCUCAGCAGAUUGUGUUUGAGACUUCCAUAGACCAGAGGAGUGAGGAGGAGUGGCGGAAGAAGAGCUUUCCUGACCCCGUCACGGAGUGCAAGCCGCCGCCGCCCGCGCAGGAGUUCCAGACCGCGCGCCUCUUCCUCUCGCACUUCGGCUUCCUCUCCCUAGAGGCUCUGAAGGAACCUGCUAACAGUCGUCUACCUCCUCACCUGAUUGCACUUGACUCUGCCCUUCCUGGGUUUUUUGAUGACCUUGGCUACUUGGAUUUGUUACCUUGUCGUCCUUUUGAUACUGUUUUCAUUUUCUACAUGAAGGCAGGUCAGAAAACUAGCCAGGAGAUCCUGAAGAACAUGGAGUCUUCCAGAAUUGUUCAGCCCCACUUCCUGGAGUUCUUGCUGUCUCUUGGUUGGUCUGUUGAUAUUGGGAAGCACCCUGGGUGGACUGGUCAUGUCUCAACAAGCUGGUCAAUCAACAGCUGCAGUGAUGAAGAGGGACCUGAACAAGAUGAUCUAAUGGUCUCAGAAGAUGUUGGGGCAAGUAUCUUCAAUGGGCAGAAGAAGGUGCUGUAUUAUGCAGACGCCCUGACAGAAAUUGCCUUUGUUGUCCCAUCACCAGUGGAAUCCCUGACUGAUUCACUGGAAAGCAGUGUGUCUGACCAGGAAAGUGACUCCAACAUGGAUUUGCUGCCAGGAAUAUUGAAGCAGCAGCCUCUGACACUUGAACUCUUCCCCAAUCACACAGACAAUCUUAAUCCCUCCCAGCGGCUCAGUCCUACUUCUAGAUCCAAGAGGAUGCCUCAGGGCCGAACCAUUCCACCAAUGGGACCUGAAACCAAAGUCUACGUGGUCUGGGUGGAGCGUUAUGAUGAUAUAGAAAACUUCCCCCUCCCUGAUCUGGUAUCUGAGACUAGCACUGGUGUGGAAACCACAGCCAACAGUAGCACUUCCCUGAGAUCUACCAUUCCUGAGAAGGAAGUUCCUGUGAUCUUCAUCCAUCCUUUAAACACUGGCUUAUUCAGGAUAAAACUACAAGGAGCAACUGGGAAAUUCAACAUGGUUAUCCCUUUGGUGGAUGGAAUGAUAGUCAGUAGGAGAGCUCUUGGCUUUUUGGUGAGACAGACAGUAAUAAAUCUGUGUCGGAGGAAGAGGCUGGAAAGUGACUCCUACAACCCCCCCCACGUGCGCCGGAAACAGAAGAUCGCGGACAUUGUCAAUAAAUACCGCAACAGGCAGCUGGAGCCCGAGUUCUACACCUCCCUCUUCCAGGAGGUUGGGCUCAAGAACUGCAACCCCUAGGCCAUUAUCCUUCAGGACAAUUAGAUCAGAGCUUGGUGGCUACACUAAUGCAAACAGUUAAAUAACAGCAAAUCUUCUCAGCCCUCCGGAAUUCAGGAAAUCAUGUUCCAGCACAAGUCAGCAGAUACCAUGUGGGAGGAAUGAGGAAUGAAUCCCAAACAUUGCAGUUGGGAUACCCACUUGAUUCACCUACCCUCAGAAGAUUACUGAAUUCCAGUCUUCCUGGAUGCUAGCAAAAUAAUCUCUUCACCCAGUCAUCCUUUCCAGGCUAAUUAGGAACUGUAGGUGUCUUACUCUGAGGGGAAAACAAUCAAAGUAAAGCCAUCUCUGCACAUGAAGAUGGAAAUGAGAAUACAAACAAACCUGCCAUGAGACACCUUGCUGCAUUUGUGUGUCCAAGGGCAAGGGAGCAGGAUCCUUCCUUGGAGGAGUCUGUUCAGAGCAUUUGCUUUCCCUGGAAGAACUUCAAAGACUUUUUCAUUCCCCCUUCAGUGCUCAACAGAAGAUCCUUCACUGGGUGUAACCCAUCUGUGUACCAGAAGCAAGAGGAAGAAGAUUGCUUGGAAAGAGCAGGCCCUGAAAUCCAAAGCCCAGAUGAGUAUGUGGCCCCUCCCUGCAGGGCUCUGGGCCAGUCCAUCUGCAAACAAGAACCACCACCUGAAAUGAUCUGCCUUUCCAAAAGGAGUUAUUGUUGGAUAAGGGCUUUUGGUUAUAUAAAAGCGAGGUUAUGACUUUCAGAUCUGUUGCAAAAUGUCACAUUUAAUUUCAGUAGUUUGAUUUUUUUUUUUUUUUUUUAAUGCAACUAUUUAAUUUAUUUUGAUGCAUCAGUAUCACCUACUCACCAUUUCCAUAAAAAGCAUAAACAUCACUUGCCUUCCUUCCAUUGGAUUGAAGGCUGAGAUUUUGGGGCUGCCUCCUCCCUGUUAUUUAUAGCAUGAGCAAUUUUUGCAGCUUCUACAACACUCUUCAGAAGCUCCUGUUAAGCAGACUAAACAACUCAAAAACAAAAUUCACAAAUUCUUCUUUUCCCCAUUAACUUCAAUGCCAUGAAAGCCCCUUUGGAGCUGUAACUUCACAUUGUUUUGAAUCCCCUGUAUGUUCUCACAUUCAGCAGCAGCACCUAGGUCAGGAGUUUUCAUUUUCAGCCUGUGGCUUUGAUGUGUUCAGGACUCAAAGGAUGUGCUGGGAAAAGAUGUUUACAGCUCCAGGUGUGGUGUUGGGAUCCCAGAGGUGUGGGGGGUGCAGGCAGCCCUGGGAGCAGCAGUGAUUGUGGCUGGCACUGCUGGGGAGGUGCAGCCUGGCAGCAGCAGGAUCCUGCUGCAGGAGGAUGAGUGAGCAGGGGUUUGGAGAGUCCUCACAUUAUUCCAAAGUGGUUUUAAUAAGCUGUGCUGUGCAUUGCAAUGAUACCUGCCAGGCAUUGAGUUUUGAUAUUUCACAGCUACUUUUUGCAACAGUUCUGGCUUGAAGCAGUCUUAAUUGUUUCAUGACAACUUAUCUGCCAAGGACAGACCUCGCUCCUGCCUUUCCAAGUGGUUUUUCACCAAGAGUUAAUGGAAACACAGACCCCUAAAAAUACAUGUGGAAGGACUUUAAGGUAAUCAGCUGAGGUGGUGUGUGCUUGUUGCAGGGAGCAAGUGCAAUGACUUCUCAAUGCAGGAGCUCUGGAAUUUGAUCCAGAUGAAUAAAAAGUGGAAAAUUUAAACCAUCCAAAGAAAACUCCUGUAGCAGAUUGUGUGCUGGCUGGCCCAUACCUGUGGCACAGGGCAGGAGGAGCUCCAGGGCAGCAUCUGGGUGCAUUGGCCCAGCUGUGCAGGGAGCUGGGGCAGCCUCAUUCCUCUGCCAAACUCUUGCCAGGAGCAAUUGAAUGCAUGGAUGCUAAAUUUACCCACACUGUAUGUACCUAUUGGACCAAAAACACUUGAGCCCACUGGUAUAAAAGGCAUGAGCACUGCAUGUGUAACCAAUAAACCUCUGAGCACUCCCUGUGUCUGCACACUGAUGCUGUAGCAGCAACCCCCUACCCUGAGAGUGCCACAGUCCUGGCAGGUGCUGCUGUCAGCCAGGAGGGAGCAGCCACCAGUGCAGGGAUGGGUGUUGGGGCAAACCACGAGUGGUGUCUGGCAGGGACAGCCAGGUGGGCUGCCUGAAGGUUUACCUGCUUUAAAAAUACCUGUGCUUGGCUGCAGGGGAGUCCUGGGUCUGCUUCCCUCUUCACCUAAAGCCACCCAAGGGAGCAGUGACAGCUGUGAGGGCCACAGGGCUUGGCAGAGUCUGGGAAGAAAGGAGCUGGGGCACCCUGUGGCCUCUCCCAGUGCCAGGGAUGGGUGUCUAGAACAUGUCAGCUGAGUUCUAGAAGCAGCUGGUGAGCAGGUUACAGGUGAUUGGCUCUCUGCAAAGAGGAAAGUCACAGUUUGUUAUACAAGUGUUGUGAUCAGAGCUGGGCUGCCAUCCCUCCUGGUUUGGGUGCCCCUCACAGCAGUGGGCACCCUGGGCAGGCUGUGCCAGUGCAGGUGCUGCAGGCACUGCCCCUCCUUCCCCAGGGUGGUGGAGUCUCAGGCUUCAUAACAAAAUGCCCCCCACCAGUCUGGGAAUUGUAGCCAUCUUCUCUCAAAGUCUGACCAAGCCCUGAUGGCUUUAGCUAGUCCAGGUACUACCUUGAGAGCUUUUCCCCUGAAGGGUCAGAGCAAAUAAGGUUUAUUUCCAUGGUUAUUACAAGAGUUAGCCAAGAAUCCAGAUUUUUUUUUAAAUAUCACGAAUUUCUGACUUGAUGCUUGAGUGGCCUGGGUCAGCAUCCCUGUCCAUCAGAGGGGAUGAGCACUGACACCCCCCAACCUGCAGCUGUCCCACAGUAAUUAACUGGGACUCUUCAUCAGACCUUUCAGUUUGGUUCAUAAUUCUGUUUUAACAGCAGGAGGUGACCACUGUCACGUUGUUAAACACUGUUGAAAUUAUAUUUUAGUACCUUAAUAGAGACUUCUAAAGAAAAGCCAUUCCUUUAGAGGUACUUGUAGAAAGGAUUAGAGCAGGCAGGAGAGGGGAGGACAGUGCCUGUGGAAAUGGGUGCAAGUGUGCAAUGCCUGGCUGCCCCUGCUGGGCUCUCCAUAGGUCACAGUGUUUCUUUACACGAGGUUCUACGUGCCCAGGAAGAGGAGAAAACUAAAUUUCAGCCUCACAGACAAAUUUGAUGCAUUUUCGUGAUUGUGUAAUUGAGUGAUACCUUUGAAGGCAAACACAGCCCUUUUCCCCAUGGAUUUAGCAGGAGCAAUUAGAAGUGAGAAUGCCAGAUAUCAUGUGCUUCAAUCAUAGACAAUUUGUAUGAAUUCCUGUAUGUUGCCAAGACAUGAACGUUCUGUUCUUAUUGUAUUUUUCUGUAAAUAUUCCUGGCGCUAAGUUGUAAAGUAAAGGUAAAAUGUAAAUAUGAAGAUGUGAAGUAUGUUCUGUUGUCUCUAGUACUUUAUCUCUUAUUUGUUUAGGGAAGGCACAGAAAGGCUUGUUUGUAUUUAUGCCAAUUCUUUGUCCAGGAGAAACACAUCAAAUAUUGAAUGUAACACAAUUAGUCCAAUAAAUUUUAAAGAUUCUUAUCUAGUAA